CAGAGAGCCACUGCGCGCAUCAAGUGUCCCAGAUAGCCCAGCGUCUGGCGGCGCGGUGCCCGGCUUGCUGGUGGCUGCAUGCAUCCUGACGUUGUUGGCCUGCCCAUAUCGAUAGUCGAAUUACUGCGCUGGUCUCGCCCACGCGCUGUUGUCGCUUGCUUCGAGGGCCUGUCCGCGCGCUGUCCAGCUGACGUCUGCCCGCCGGUCUGGCUCCCAGAAGUCCCCUCGCUUGCACCUGCACCUCGGAGCGCUGCCUCUCGCGUCGAGUCUGUCCAUCCGCCGUCGCCCAAGCCCCGGGCACCGAAGGGCCGCAAGCCGAUAUCUCCAGCCAAACGCCAUCUGCCUUGUCAUUACUAUUCACAUUCCCCAUCGUUGGCAUGCCGCCGCUAACCACCGAUGUGAUCAAGUUCGGCGCCUUCGUGGUAACCAACCAGGUCUUCCACCUCACCCCGCUGUCGUACGCCCUGGUGAAUCUCAAGCCGUUGCUUCCUGGCCACGUCCUCGUCUCGCCACGCCGCGUCGUUCCGCGCAUCCAUGACCUGUCCGCCGCCGAGGUCCAGGAUCUCUUCCUGACCGUGCAGCGCGUCUCGCGCACCAUUGAGCGCGUGUUUGAUGCCUCGGCGCUGAACAUAGCCAUCCAGGAUGGCGAGGACGCCGGCCAGAGCGUUUCCCAUGUCCAUGCCCACAUCAUUCCCAGGAAGAAGCAGGACCUGCCACGCCCGGACGCUAUAUACGAACUGAUGGAGAGCGAGGACGGCGAUUUGGCCAAGCAGCUCAACAAGCGCCAGGAGGGCGAUGCGAGGCGAAGUAAAUUCCCGGCCGUAGAUGCAGACGAGGACCGCAAGCCGAGGAGCGAAGAGGAGAUGAACAAGGAGGCCGAGUGGCUCGCCGAGGAGAUGGCCAGAGACAAUAAGACGGAGGUUGAUUCUCACACUCGUGCCACAGCAACCCUGCCACUUCGAAUAGAAGACACUGUAUAGUACGCAGCAUAGACAGCCCUAGGUUACACCUCGGCAGCGUGAGCUGACGCGUGUGAGGAUAUAGCCCUGGCAUCGAGCAACGCCACUGGAAGUUUGAAAGGAAAGCACACGUAAAUCAUGCAUAUUUCUGCUCUCAUCUUGAAUGAGUGAAACCCUGA